AUCAUGCCUUUGAUUCAAAAAAGCUGAGUUUUCAAGUACUCUUGCUUCCAGAAGUUAAUCUUAGACAACUAGACUUUUUUCUGUGAAACUAAAGAAUAAUUUCUUAGAUAGAAAAAAUGCAGGGGGCCAACAAAAAACAGCUGAGACUUACCCUUCAAUGUGUUGUAGAAGAUCUGGAGAUGAAGACAUCUGUGAUGCAGGAAAACCGUAGACUUCGGAGUGAACUUAGGUUCCUCAAGUCGAAAAAAGGAAAUAGCAAGUUACUCUUGGAAGAGACCUGCAAUCUAAAAGAAAAGCUAAAGACCAGACAGGAAGUUUUAGGACUGUGGAAGAAAGGCAAGGAGUAUUUAUUGGAAAUUGAGAAGCAAAUAGACCAGAAAACCAAAGAAAGAGACUUCUUGAGCAAGCAGCUGUUGUAUAAAAAUGAAUGCAGUCUGUUGAAGAAGACAAACAGAGACCUGGAAGCUGCUCUGAGCAAGCGGGAGGAAGAAACCCACGUCUUAGAGCUGGAAGGGAAAAACAAGCAAAAGAAGGCUGGCAAACUUCAGGAGAAGAAUGACAGCCUUCAGGAAGAGAAAAACACCUUACAGGAAGAGAAAAACCAACUGCAGAAGCAGAUGAGCCAACUCCAGCUCAAGUUAAAUGAUCUGGUGUUUGAAACAAACUCACUGAAAGUCAAGUUGAGCGAAGCUCGUAGGCUGGAACUUGACCAAAAGCAAAAUGCGCACACCUUAGAGAUGGAGUGUUGUAAACUUGAUGAACAACUGGAACAAAAGACGCUCGAGGUCAAGUACCCAGAUGAAUGUUUCAAAUACUGCCAAGAACCGCCACGUCAUGAGAGAAAGCCAGGCCUGCUCAAUCUGGAGUUGAAAGGCAGGCUGAACGCCAAAUGCAGGCAACUGGAGAAAAUGAACCUUGUGUUAAAAGAAAAGGAGAAACAAAUUGGAUGGAAAGCUUCAAUGCUUCAGGAAGCUUCAUCUCACCACCACUAA